AGCAGGCUUCAUCAGUGACACUUACAGUUUUUUUUUUUAGAUCUUCCUGUAGUGCAGGCUGGCCUUGAACUCACAGUGAUCCUCUUGCCUCAACCUGGCUUUCAAUUUAGAUUUUAAAAGGAAUGCCGGGCAUGGUGGUGCAUGCCCCUAAUCCCAGCACUGGGGAAGCUGAGGCAGGAGGGUCACUGAGUUCAAGGCCGCCUACACUACAUGAGGAGGCAGUGUCUCCAAAAAAAAAAAAAAAAAAAUGUGUGUGUACAGAUGAAUGGAGUCCUGGAAUAAAGAGCUGCGAGGGUGCAGGGAGGCUAGCGGUGCCUGUGCAACCCCCACUGGGAAAGCAGUGCUCACCUCUAAGGAGGGGACCCGUCCCUGGCCAAGCACAAUGGGAACUGCAAUUGUGGGGGGAGGGCAGCAGGUGGUGCUAGAGACAACCAGCCCCUGCCCUGAAAGAGAAAGGGGUUCAGGGGGCCUGCAGGAGGGGUAGACACGUGGGUCCCCCUGUCUGGGCCACUGCUCCCACGCUCAGGAACCAGCCCUUGUGGGCGAGCACACCAUGUCCCUCCUGCCAGCAUAAUGACUUCCUCCUCCGGCCAGGGUGCUACCCCAGGCAGAAUAUAGCCCGCUCCUCCAGCAGCUGCUGUGAGACCACCUGCCGCUCGGGCUCAGGAGCCGUUCCAGAAGGCAGGGCUCCCUGAACCCCGUGAUGGAGGGCUCCAUGCUGGUCGACCUGCUGGUCCUGGUGGGCUUCGCACUGGGAAAGGUUCCUGAUCCGGAAGUCCGGACCUGCCACUUCUGCCUCUUGGAAGACCCUUUGGUGGGGUGCAUUUCUGGCUCGGAGAAGUGCACCAUCAGCAGCCCGGCCCCGUGCAUGGUGAUCUCCAUCUUUCAUGAUGUCAAGGUCCGCUUCAACAUCCGAGGCUGUGGACAGGUCAACUCCUACCGCUGCCAAGAAAAACGCAACACCUACUUCUCACACUACUGGUACCAGGCCCAGUGUUGUCAGUACGAUUACUGCAACUCCUGGGCCAGCCCCCAGCUGCAGAGCGCCCUGCCCGAGCCCUCUGCGAGGCCUCCCGCGCUGCCCCUGUCCCGCACCCAGGCCCGCCGCUUCUACCAGGCCCUAAACCUCUCCUUGCCCCUGCCCAGCCUCAGUGCUGGGAAGAAGUCCAGAAAACCGGCCACCCCGGGCCCCCUGCCCCUGGCGCUGGGCUUGUCUGUUGCCAACCUGCGCCGCCUGUACUUGUUCUUCAACAGCUCCGGAGUUCUGAUUCUUCCCAGGGCCAGGACCUGAAGCCUUCCUGUCCCACUUGCACACACAGCGUCCUGCAGGACUCCACUCUGUGCUCCCGUGCACUCUGGGCAUCCCUUUGGCACUUCAGCGCCCUGUGGCGUAGGUCUCACCCCUGUCCUGUGCUGCUCUUUCUGCCUCCUAGAAAAACUCAAGUGUGGCUUCGGCCCAGGCCCACGGAGAAAGGCACAGUGGUUCCCAUCAUCUGAGGGCCCUGCACCCCCACACCAACCACCUGCUCUGACCACUCCGGCCUGGCACUGCCCUCUUAUGCCUGUCUCUAAGACUCAGUACCACACUGCCUUUCAGCAGGGAGGAUGGCUCGGCCUCCACUGACCCCUCUGCCAUCCCGGUCUCCUGCUCUGGCCUCUUGUCACAGUCUUUGGCCUCGGUGGCCUCUUGCACCUCACUAAGCCCUUCUGCACCUGCCAAAAGGGAAUAGAGGGGCUGUCGGGGUUUGUUGUGUCCCCAGUGCCCUCCACAAUAAACCAGGACCAGGGUA